AUGUUCACCGCACUCUCCACUGCCGUAGAAGCUCUCAAAACCCACUACACCACCUCCAACCCCAUCUCGCACGCCCAACACAACUCCCGCCUCUCCCAUCUUCCCGCCGGCAAUACCCGCUCCCUCCUCUCCUACCCGCCAUUCCCGCUCUGUGUCCGCUCCGCCGCCGGCGCAACCAUCACCUCCGUCGACGGCGCCGCCUACACCGACUUCCUUUGCGAAUAUAGCGCCGGCCUCUUUGGUCACUCGCACCCCGUGAUUCUAGCCGCGCUCCGCAAUGCACUCGACAAUGGCGUCAACUUUGGCGCCGUGAACGAGCUCGAGGGCGAGCUCGCGGCGGCCCUGCGCGCCCGCUUCGAAGUGGACAAGAUCCGCUUCACCAAUUCGGCGACGGAGGCGAGCAUCAUGGCGCUGGCGGUGGCGAAGGUAUAUACCGGGCGGAAAAAGAUUCUUGUUUUCUCCGGCGGCUACCACGGCGGCCCACUGGGCUUUGCAGGCGGCGUCUCAGCACCACACAACAUUCCGCACGAAUAUGUAAUCGCACCAUACGACGACAUCCCCCGCACUGCCGCACAGCUCUCGCAGCUCCCGCCAGACACACUCGCCGCAGUGCUAGUGGAGCCCAUGCUCGGCUCUGGUGGGUGCAUCCCGGCCUCCAUCGAGUUCCUACAAUACCUCCGGACGGCCGCGACAGAGCUCGGGGCGGUGCUAAUCUUUGACGAGGCGAUGACAUCGCGGCUGCACUGGGGCGGGCUGCAGAAGAAGCUAGACAUCAAGCCGGACAUGACAGUGCUGGGAAAGUAUCUCGCUGGCGGAAUGAGCUUUGGCGCGUUUGGCGGGCGCGGGGAGAUCAUGGAGCUGUUUAGCGGCCGGUUGACGCACGCGGGGACGUUCAACAACAAUGUCCUCAGCAUGGCGGGCGGGGUUGCCGCGGGGCUGUUGACGGCGCAGAUUCUGGAUGCCAUGAAUGUGCUUGGUGAUGAGAUGCGGGUGAAAGUUGAAGGUGUGCUGGAGGGCAAGACGGGCGGGAAGGUGGGCAUCAGUGGGAUGGGGAGCUUGAUGGCUUUCAAGUAUUCGGGGAGGGACGAGGUGGAGACGGGGCUGGUGAGGGAGUUGAUGUUUUUUCAUCUGUUGGGGGAGGGGCUGUAUAUUGCGUAUCGCGGGUUCAUGUCGUUGAGUAUUGUGCAUGAGAGGAGCCAUGUGGAUGCGUUUGUGGGCGCGGUGGAGAGGUUUGUGAAGAAGUAUGGCGAGAUGCUGCGGGAGUGA